CUUCAAAUUGUGAGCAUCCUGAAAUCCACGAGCAAAAGCGUUCUCUAUUGGAUUACAAGGGAACUAUGAGUGCUUUUUUCAAACUUGCCAGUUCAAAAGCUGUGCCCAUAACAAAGAUCACGCAAUUGAACGCACGAAUAUCCUCAAUAAGACAAUCGACUAUGCUAUAUGCUCUUCCGCCAAGAAGACUAAGUUAGACAUAAUGUAUGAUUAUGUGUAAUCAAUUUUGAGCGAUUGUUUUAUUUCGUUUCGAUAUGUUUGAAUCUUUCCGAAAAACGCUUGUGUGUUUUUUUCACCUGACUGUUAUGUUGUCCGGCCGGAUGUAAUGCGCCACUGGCUAAUGAUACAAGCCUCACACAUUUGGUACCGAAUGUUCCCGGAAUCGUAUAACAAACACAUUGCAUGACAAUUACCUGUGGACUACACCACCGACCACAUUUCAUGCCGAUUGUGGUUCCUUAUUCCUAAAUUGCACCGAUCCUGUGACUCGAUCCACAUCGGCUUCCAUACGCCAUCCGUAGCAUAUCAUCUCUGAUGCACAUCUGUCAAACGCCACGUAGAGCAAACUUUACUUGCAUUGCCUUGGUGAAUUGUGGAACAUUAUUGAUCAUAUCCAAAUUAAUACAAGUUUAAGUACGCAUUUUUUACCAAACUUUUCAUUUAUCAUACAUACAAAUGCAUAGAACAUGAAUUAUUUCUUACUAUCUCGAUACACCAAGCCAACCCAAACAAGCAAACGUCACUCGGUUUUCGAUCGAUCUGACGCUGGAGGAUGCAUUUUGUUUUGCCAUUUUAAUACACUUUGCUGCUACCAUUUAUCAUUCAUUAGAUGUACUUUGGUAGGAAAAAUGUUAAACUCACUAUUUUACCACCCUUAAGGUGUCGGAAAUGCGGUUUACAGGAGAUAUACCACAAAACAUCCCAUCCUAUCGCUGCAGCGUCUCGCAAAUCCGCACUUCUAUCGCUAUUUUCGUCUUCGGUAGAGCUAGUUUAGAGGUAAAGUAUACAUUUUUUGAAAGCCUAACAUUUUGCCAACCCGAAACAAUCAUCUGAUUCAAGUGUUCAGAGCAAAUAUGUGGUUAUUUUCGAUAGAAAGUACAACAGUAUUUUUGCAACUUUCUUUGACAACCGCAUCGAAAAUCUGACAUAAGCUUUCAAUGUGUUUCCUCUCAAGUUCCCAAAUUCGAGUCACCCCCGAGCAUAGGUGAGCAUAAGCAUAAACAUAAACAUUGCUGUGUCAGUGUGUGAGUGAAAGCGAAUAACCCCUCAAACAAGCGCGAAAGCAACUACGAUGGCCGAUUCCGCAGCGACCGAAGUCCCGGCUGCAGCAGCUGCUGCCCCAGCCGCCACGGCCAAGUCACCGAAGAAGCCAAAGGCGGCCGCCGGCCCCAAGAAGCCCAAGCAGCCAGCGGCACAUCCUCCGGUCAACGAGAUGCUGCUGGCCGCCGUCAAGGCCCUCAACGAACGCAACGGUUCCUCGCUGCAGGCGAUCAAGAAGUACGUGGCGGCCAACUACAAGGCUGACGUGACCAAGCUGGCCACCUUCUUGAAGAAGGCCCUCAAGACUGCCGUCGCCAACGGCAAGCUGGUCCAGACCAAGGGAACCGGUGCGUCGGGCUCAUUCAAGCUCUCGGCCGCAGCUAAGAAGCCAGCAGUGGAGAAGAAGAAGAAGGCAGCGGCCCCCAAGAAGUCGGCCUCUGCCGCGGACAAGAAGAAGAAAACCGCAGCCAAGAAGCCCGCCGGAGAGAAGAAGGCCGCCGCCAAGAAGACCACCAAGAAGGCUGACGGUGCCGCCGCCAAGAAACCGAAGGCCGCCGCAGCUAAGAAACCCAAAGCCGCCGACGGAGCGAAGAAAGCCGCCAAGAAACCGGCAGCCCCGAAGCAGAAAUCCACCAAGCCAUCCAAGGCCGCGGCUGCCAAACCGAAAGCACCGAAACCAAAGAAGGCAGCAGCUCCCGCUAAGAAGGCCGCCGCUCCCAAGAAGGCUGCCGCACCCAAGAAAGCCGCUGCCCCCAAAAAGGCAGCUGCAGCCAAGAAGUAAACCACCUACUACACGUUAUACUGCAUGCUUCUACAACAGCAUUGCAAUAACGCUCUCUUGGUUCCAAGCAACAGUCCUUUUCAGGACUACAAAUCGAAUCAUUCAAGAACUUCAUCAUUUCAUUCGAACACCUUACAUA